AUGAAGAAGAUCUUCAUUACACUCUUAUGCCUUCUCUUCAUCACCUCCUUUCUCUGUUCUUCUUCUUCUGCUGAAGACGACGUUCUCUGUCUCCAAGGGCUCAAGAACUCACUCACCGACCCUUCGUCUCGACUCGCUUCCUGGUCAUUCCCAAACUCUUCAGCUUCGUCGAUUUGCAAGCUCACCGGCGUUUCCUGUUGGAACGAGAAAGAGAAUCGCAUUAUCUCUCUCCAGCUCCAAUCGAUGCAGCUCGCCGGUCAGAUUCCCGAGUCGCUCAAGCUCUGUCACAGUUUACAGUCGCUGGAUCUCUCCGGAAACGACCUCUCCGGUACGAUUCCUCCCCAAAUCUGCUCGUGGCUCCCAUAUCUCGUCGAAUUAGAUCUGUCUGGUAACAAACUCUCCGGCUCGAUCCCGACUCAGAUCGCCGAGUGUAAGUUCCUAAACGCUCUCGUUCUCAGCGACAACAAGCUCUCGGGACCGAUCCCUCUUCAAUUGAGCCGGUUAGAUCGGCUCAGGCGUCUUUCCCUCGCCGGCAACGAUCUCUCCGGUACGAUCCCCUCCGAGCUUUCUCGAUUCGGGGAAGACGAUUUCAGCGGCAACAACGGACUCUGCGGGAAGCCGUUAUCCGGGUGCGGAGCUUUGAACGGGAAGAAUCUAACGAUCAUCAUAGUCGCCGGAGUUAUCGGCGCCGUUGGAUCGUUGUGUGUGGGAUUAGCGAUUUUCUGGUGGUUCUUCAUCAGAGAAGGAAGCAGGAAGAAGAGAGGCUACGGCGCCGGAAAAUCCAAAGACGAUAGUGAUUGGAUUGGUUUGUUGAGGUCACACAAGCUUGUUCAGGUGACUCUGUUCCAGAAACCAAUCGUGAAAAUCAAAUUGAGCGAUCUAAUCGCAGCCACGAACAGUUUCAGCUCCGGGAACAUCGAUGUUUCUUCAAGAACCGGCGUCUCGUAUAAAGCCGAUUUGCCUGACGGCUCUGCGCUCGCGGUGAAGAGGCUUAGCGCUUGUGGAUUCGGCGAGAAACAGUUUAGGUCGGAGAUGAAUAAGUUAGGAGAGCUUAGGCAUCCGAAUCUGGUGCCACUUUUAGGGUUUUGCGUUGUGGAGGAUGAGAGAUUGCUUGUGUAUAAGCACAUGCCUAAUGGUACAUUGUUCUCUCAGUUGCACAACGGUGGUUUGUGUGAUGAGGUUUUGACUUGGCCGACUCGGCUUAUGAUCGGUGUUGGAGCUGCGAGAGGAUUAGCUUGGCUGCACCAUGGAUGCCAACCGCCGUAUCUGCAUCAGUUUGUUAGCUCCAAUGUGAUACUUCUUGACGAUGAUUUCGAUGCGAGGAUCACGGAUUACGGUUUGGCGAAGCUGGUUGGGUCUCGGGACUCGAACGAUAGCUCGUUUAACAAUGGGGAUUUGGGGGAGUUGGGGUACGUGGCGCCGGAGUAUUCGAGCACGAUGGUUGCGUCUUUGAAAGGAGACGUGUAUGGGUUUGGGAUUGUGAUGCUUGAGCUGGUCACAGGGCAGAAGCCGUUGUCUGUGAUCAACGGCGUGGAAGGGUUUAAAGGGAGUUUGGUGGAUUGGGUGAGUCAGUAUUUGGGGACUGGGAGAAGCAAAGACGCUAUUGAUAGGAGUAUAUGUGGUAAAGGAGAUGAUGAGGAGAUUUUGCAGUUCUUGAAAGUUGCGUGUAGCUGUGUUGUGUCGAGGCCUAAGGAGAGGCCGACGAUGGUUCAGGUGUAUGAGUCGUUGAAGAAGAUGGCGGAUAAGCAUGGUGUAUCUGAGCAUUAUGAUGAGUUUCCACUGGUGUACAACAAACAAGAAGCUUGA